AGAGAGAGAGAGAGAGAGAGAGAGAGAGAGAGAGAGAGAGAGAGAGAGAGAGAGCAUCCCACCAUAGUCGGUGUAUCGCAGCCGUAGUCCGACGUGUUGACCGAGAAGCAGAUUCUCCAGAUCAACCAGAUCACCAGAUUCACCAGAUCCAUCCUCCACUACAGGCUUGUGUUCAGGCUGAGGGAUGACCAAAGAGGAGAACCAAGAGGAGCAGCGCGAGGAGCGCGACCAGCAAGAGGAGGCGCAGGCCCAGCGAGAGGAGGAGGAGCGCUUCACUGAGGAGGAGGAGGAGGGAGAGGGAGAAGGAGACGACUAUGAAUUAGAAGAGGAGGAGCAGGAGGAGGUGGAGAAGGAGGAGAGAGCAGAGGACGAAGAGGAGGAGCCGGAGGAGGAGGAAGGCAGGAGACAGGAGGAGGAGGAGGCGGUGGAGGAGAGGGAGGAGCCACAGCCUGGAGGAGAGCAGGCGGUGGUGACGGAGCACCUGAGCCCCGUCCAGGAGCCGCAGCGUCGACCCAUGGUUCACCCCUCGGCCCAGGCCCCGCUGCCCAAGGACUACGCCUUCACCUUCUUCGACCCCAACGACCCGGCCUGCCAGCAGAUCCUCACCAGCCCCGACACAACGAUCCCAGAGCUGUUCGCCAUCAUCAGGCAGUGGGUCCCCCAGGUCCAGCACAAGAUACACAUCAUCGGGAACGAGAUCUUGAAGCGUGGUUGUCAUGUCAACGACCGAGACGGACUGACGGACAUGACGCUGCUCCACUACAGCUGUAAGGCUGGGGCCCACGGAGUAGGGGACCCUGCGGCCGCCCUGCUCCUGGCCAGCCAGCUCAUCUCUCUGGGGGCCGACGUGGGGCUGAGGAGCCGCUGGACCUCCAUGAACGCUCUGCACUACGCCGCCUACUUCGACGUCCCCCAGCUGAUCAGAGUGCUGCUGAGGGCCGCCAGCCCCCGCGUUCUGAACUCCACCUGCAGUGACUUCAGCCACGGCACCGCCCUUCACAUCGCCGCCUCCAACCUGUGUCUGGGCUCCGUCAGAUGUCUGCUGGAGCACGGGGCCAGCCCGGUCGUCAGGAACGAUAAGGGCCAGGGCCCGGCCGACGUGGUCCCCGACCCCAUGGACAUGACGCUGGACAAGGCGGAGGCGGCGCUGGUUGCUAAGGAGCUGAAGAUGCUGCUGCUGGACGCCGUGCCGCUGAGCUGCCUGCUGCCGCGCGCCACGCUGCCCAACUACGACAACAUCCCGGGGAACGUCAUGCUGUCCUCCCUGGGGCUGAGGCUGGGGGACCGCGUGCUGCUGGACGACAUGAAGCCCCGUAGCAACCCGAACACAGGCGACGGCAUCUCAUCGACAAUCCCCCCCAGACAGCCCGGGACUCUGCGGUUCUGUGGGACCACUGAGUUUGCGAGCGGCCAGUGGGUGGGGGUGGAGCUGGACCGCCCCGAGGGCAAGAACGACGGCAGCGUGGGCGGAGUCCGCUACUUCAUCUGCCCCCCCAAGCUAGGUAUCUUUGCGCCGGUGUCUAAGAUCUCCCGGGCGGUGGAGCAGCCCCCCCCCGCGGUCAUCUCCGCGCCCCGGACCCCCCGCCUCGACCUGGCCUCCCGCCUCGCCAGCAAGACCAAGAAGGAGAAGAAGAAGGAGAAGGAGAGGGAGAGGGAGCGGGAGAAGGAGAGGGAGAAAGCCCUGAAAAAGAAGUUAUCGGAGGAGCUGCUGGACCCAGAAGGUCUCAACGUGGAGCUGGGAGACCAGGUCCUGGUGGCCGGCCAGAAGAUCGGCACAGUCCGCUUCUACGGGAAAACCGACUUCGCUCCCGGCUACUGGUUCGGAGUGGAGCUGGAGAUGCAGACAGGGAAACACGACGGCUCGGUGUUUGGCGUGCGCUACUUCACCUGCCUGCCCAAAUACGGCGUGUUCGCUCCGCCCUCCCGCGUGCAAAGAAUCGGAGGACCGAAGGAAGGCUUCCAGAACGACAACUCUGCGGUGAAGAAGGUUCACCAGGUCUCCAUGUCUCAACCCAAACGGAACUUCAACACGGUGCGGUCUCCGAAAGACCUCACCUCAGAGAACUCCAUCUCCAGGUUACUCUUCUGCUGUUGGUUUCCAUGGAUGCUGCGUGCGGAGAUGCAGUCCUAAUCACUCCUUAAUCUCCUUCACCCUCUCCUCCCUCUCCUCCCUCUCCUCCCUCUCCUCCAUCUCCUCCCUCUCUCCCUCUCUGACUCUCUUCUUGCUGUUGCAGUUAUACAUUCAUAUUCUCGCGUCGUAAAUCACUUUCAACCUCCCUCCCUCCCUCCCUCCCUCCCUCCCUCCCUAACUUUACGUGGGAUGCCUCCUGGAGGUUCAGGUGGGGUUAGGGUUCGGCCAGGCUGGUGUACCCGCUGCCUCCACCCUGCUGGUUGAGUGUUCCAUCCCGCCUCCUGUCACUCAGAGAGACUGACAGUACCCCAGCGUGGGCUCAGACCCUAGAAGACAAAGAGCAGGCUCCAGGAGAGGCUGUUUGGAGCUCAGACGUCCCAGCCAGGUGUGCUGGAGAUGUGGCUUGAUGUUCCUGUUCCUUACGGGCAGAACAAUGUUAGAAGUGUCUGCUCUUCGAGUGGGAACUAAGAGUCUGAAUAGAUCACUUCUUUAGGAAACCGAUCGGAACCAACAGGAUCCCAAACUUUAGCACUAACUCGUGGUUCAACCUCCAAACUCAACUCCAACUAAAGUUCAGUGUUUCUUACUCAAACACUAACUAGCGGUACUUUUUAACACUAACUAGCAGUAUGUUUUCACACUACCUAGCAGUAUGU